CAAUCUCUUCUUCUUCUUCUUCUUCUUCUCUGCUUCUCCACAAUUCUAUGCUCCGAAAACUUGGUCACUGCUUCCUCUCUUCACACCGAAGAUUACUACUCUCCUCGCCCAGAAAACCACACUCACUUCCGCACUCUUUGAUCUCUCGUCGACCCUUCUACGCUUCCAAGGUUUUAGCCAUGGCUGACCGACACACUUCAAACCCAACUUCCCAAAGGCACGCCAACCGCCUCGCUGCCGAGCACAGUCCCUAUCUCCUUCAGCACGCCCACAACCCGGUUGAUUGGUAUCCAUGGGGUGAAGAGGCUUUCGCCGAAGCUCGAAAGAGAGAUGUGCCCAUCUUCUUAUCAAUUGGGUACAGCACAUGCCAUUGGUGUCAUGUUAUGGAGGUUGAGUCGUUUGAGGAUGAAGGCGUUGCCAAGUUGCUGAAUGAGUGGUUUGUUAGCAUCAAGGUGGACCGGGAGGAAAGGCCAGAUGUGGAUAAGGUAUACAUGACCUAUGUACAGGCCCUGUAUGGUGGUGGAGGCUGGCCACUGACCGUGUUCCUUUCACCAGAUUUGAAACCUUUGAUGGGUGGAACUUACUUUCCCCCAGAGGACAAGUAUGGAAGACCAGGAUUUAAGACGAUACUUGGAAAGGUCAAAGAAGCCUGGGAGACCAAGAGGGAUAUGCUCAUUAAGAGCGGAGAUUUUGCUAUUGAACAGUUGUCAGAAGCACUGUCAACUAGUGCAAGCUCUAAAAAAUUGUCGGAUGGGGUUCCAAUGAAUGCUUUGCGUCUCUGUGCUGAGCAAUUUUCCCAAAGUUAUGAUGCAAAUUUUGGUGGGUUUGGAUCCGCCCCUAAGUUUCCUAGACCAGUUGAGAUUCAUCUGAUGCUUUAUUAUUCAAAGAAGUUGGAGGAGACUGGAAGUUCUGGAAAGGCCAGUGAAGUUGUUAGAAAGGUUCUCUUCACCUUGCAAUGCAUGGCAAGAGGGGGGAUUCACGAUCACAUAGGAGGUGGCUUCCACCGAUAUAGUGUGGAUGAGUGCUGGCAUGUACCACACUUUGAGAAGAUGUUGUAUGAUCAAGGGCAACUUGCUAGUGCCUACCUAGAUGCCUUCUCUAUAACCAAAGAUGUAUUUUAUGCAUCUAUUGCUCGGGAUGUUCUUGAUUAUCUGAGGAGAGACAUGAUAGGGCCAGAAGGCGAAAUAUAUUCAGCAGAAGAUGCUGAUAGUGCUGAGUUGGAAGGUGCUACCAGAAAAAAGGAAGGAGCAUUUUAUGUUUGGUCUAGCAAAGAGGUUGAAGAUAUACUUGGAGAGGAUGCAACACUUUUUAAGAACCACUAUUACAUAAAGCCUGCAGGUAACUGUGACCUCUCCAGAUUGAGUGAUCCUCAAAGUGAAUUCAAGGGUAAGAAUGUGCUCAUUGAGAGAAAAAAUGAUUCUGAGGCAUCAAAGUUUUCCUUGUCGGUUGAGGAGUACCUUGAUAUUCUGGGUCGGAGCAAGCGAAAGCUGUUCGAGAAAAGAUGUAGUCGGCCGCGACCACAUUUGGAUGACAAGGUAAUUGUAGCAUGGAAUGGAUUGGCCAUCUCAGCCUUUGCAAGAGCUUCUAAAAUUCUGAAGAAUGAACCCAAGGAGAUCAAGUUCAACUUUCCAGUUGUUGGCAGUGAUCCGGGGGAGUAUAUUGAAGUUGCGGAGAAGGCAGCAUCUUUCAUCAGGCGGCACCUGUACAAUGAGAAAUCUCGUCGACUUGAACACAGCUUUAGGAAAGGCCCGUCUAAAGCACCUGGAUUUCUAGAUGAUUAUGCUUUUCUUGUUUUGGGGUUAUUGGAUCUUUAUGAACUUGGUGGUGAUCUCAGCUGGCUAGUUUGGGCAAUUGAACUGCAAGACAUGCAGGAUGAGAUAUUUUUUGAUAAAGAGGGAGGUGGCUAUUUUAAUACCUCGGGCGAUGACCCCAGUGUUCUCCUUCGUGUGAAGGAAGAUCAUGAUGGGGCGGAGCCUUCUGGAAACUCGGUUUCUGUGAUCAACCUUGUGAGAUUGGCAUCCAUGCUAUCUGGCAGCAGGUCGGAGCAUUACAGACAAGAGGCUGAACAUGUUCUGGCAGUUUUUGAGACAAGAUUAAAGGAUAUGGCCAUGGCAGUACCUUUAAUGUGUUGUGCAUCAGAUAUGCUCAAUGUUCCUUCUCGGAAGCAGGUUGUUGUUGUUGGCCGGAGAAAUGUAGAGUUUGAAAGCAUGCUUGUCGCUGCUCAUGCAUCAUAUGAUACUAACAAAACAGUUAUUCACAUUGAUCCAACUAAUUCGGCAGAGAUGCAAUUCUGGGAAGAAAAAAAUAGCAACAUUGCGCUUAUGGCAAAGAAACAUAUUGCCGCAGACAAAGUGGUUGCCCUCGUCUGCCAAAACUUUACUUGCAGCCCGCCUGUAGUUGACCCUGGAUCCCUGGAGGCCCUGCUGUCCCAGAAAUUAGUCCCUACAGCUUGAGUUUGUUAUUAACAUAGAGUUGAGAUGAGGAUACUAAUUGUAUGUUUAUACAUUGCAGAAAAAAGGUUCUAGAUACGCUUGUUUCAGUUUCUUUUUCUGGCACCCUAUACGUUGUGUACAGAUAAGCUGUAUAAACAAGAAGAGAAUUUUCGGUGUUCAGAGGUAAUGACAGUAUUGGAAUUAGUUGUA